AUGGUACUCUCGAUUUUGGUCGGGUCCACAGAGGCACUCGUCUUUGACUCCCGAAGUUGCCUAAGUCAGUCGUACCAGGACUUCUUAUGUGUCAUACCGGUUGAAGGAUGGCGGCUCACCUGUCCGUUUCUAUACUGUGGAAAAGUGCACUGUGAGCGAGAAUCUCAAGAAUCUGAAAGAGUGUGGACGAAGGCCGAAACUACAAAACAACCCUUUGUCACUCUGUUCAACCUGAAACAUGAAGAAGCGUAUCUGUUUCGUAUCAGAGCUGACAACACAUUGGGACAGUCGGAGCCAUCAGAAGAAUCGGACGUCAUUUAUGUGAAGGGUGUCUCCCGAGCUGUUGAGGAACCAAAAAAGAAGGCUGGUCAUGAAGAAUCUGAGGCAAUCAACUAUGACAGGCUUGACACAAAUGUCGACCUAUCCAAGCAUAAACCUAUCGAUGUAAAUCGACUUCCAAACGAUCUCCAGGCUAAGUACAUCAUUUGUGAAGAACUUGGACAAGGCGCUUAUGGUACUGUAUACCGCGCUAUAGAGAAGGCUACUGGAAAGACGUGGGCCGCGAAAAUGGUGCAGAGUUUUCAAAAUGCAGCUAAAGACGGGUAG